ACAACGGGUGCUUGUUCCCGUCCGGGUCUCCUGGGCAAUCAGCGAUGGGUCCCGAAUCCCUCCAACAGCCUCAGCAGCACAAAGCAAAGAUAUGCAUGUGGAAAUAUCUGGAUGUUCACUCCAUGGAUCUCAUUGACAAGACCCAAAGCACCGAUGAGCUGAAGAGUCUCCUCUCCGAGCUGCUCAGCCUGCAGGAUUUCCAAUCCAACCCACGCUCCGCCAUCUUGCUGGAUCUGUACUUCUACUCCAUCCAGUUCUGCCGGCAGCAGGGGUUCAACCGGGAACAGACCUCGGCUUUCGUCUCCAUCGUGAAGGACACGCACGAGGCCUGUGUGGAGACACCGCUGCCGAACGUGGAGGAAUGCUACAACUAUUUCACCGAACUGGUUUUCUGCCACUCCAUUCGGAGGCCUCCCUUCAGCAUCGAUCUCUUCAGUCAGGACCAGCUGGUGCUCAUAACCGAUUACGUGAUCAACACCUACUUCCGACACUUCAAACUUUACAAAUAUGCUUUCACUCCGCAGGUGCGGUUGGAUAUAUCCUUCUCCUACAUUGGGAUGCCAGAGCCCAAAGAGGAAGCAGCAGAGCCGGCUGAGGGGACGGAGCCUCCCUUGUCGCCUCUGCAGGAGGAGAGCGAGGAAGCCGCCACAGCCAAGGAAGACCCCACGGCCGCCCUGCGGGAGUACAUCUCGGCCCAGCUCAACCAGGAGCUGGGCCAGCUGCGGCUGUUGGUGGAGCAGCGCCUGCGGGCCACGGAGGAGCAGUUCAACAGCCGGCUGGUGCCGCUGGAGAAGGGGCCCAGUGCCAGCAAGGGGCCCGGCAAGGGCAAGAAGAAAUGA